CCGCCUGCCCCGCAGCCCGCCCGCCGCCCCCGUCCCUCGCCCCGUCCCUCGACCUUCCUUCCGCCCACCAUCGCCCCCGACGCGCGGUAGCGAGCCACCACAACACCGCCCAGCCCAACUGGCCUGCACCCGAUGCUGCACCAUGGACUCGGACCAAGAGCACGCCUACUCGGGCGACGACCCCCAGCCCCGGCCGCAGCCCCGCCAGCUGCCCGCCGACCUGCCGACAUCCCUCGACGACAGAAGAGCACCGCACUUGCCCGCCGAGGAGAUGGAGAUUUACGAUGCCUGGCAGGGCCAGUCGCAGUUCCUCACCACCCCCAUGCCUGCCCAGCCCUUGACCUUCAACCUCUCGCUCGAUGAUCCGAGCUUCGGCGACGAGGACAUGCAGCAGCUGGAAGAUAGCGACAGUCGCCUGGUCCAGAUGCUAGCCCACCAGGCACGCCUGAAAAACGACAACAGCGGCGACGAGGCAAAGGUGGUUGCCGACGACAAGCUUUCCUACGAGGAGAAGCAGCAGGCCCUGCAGGGACUGUUCACCCUGGCAGCGUCCAAUGGCGAAAUGCAGAGGGUGAAACGCCUACUGGACGGCAAGGCGCGCGAAUACAUCGACAUCGACGGUGUCGAUGCCGAGGGCACCCCGCCACUGGUCUAUGCCAGCUGUUUUGGCCACGAGGACAUUGCUGAAACCCUGCUGAAAGAAGGCGCAAAGGUGGAUGUGCAGGAUAAGAACCUCUGGACCCCGCUCAUCUGGGCCAUGACCAACAGACACAAGGGCAUUGUCAAGCUCCUGCUCGAGAACGGCGCGUCUCCCGACCAUAAAUCGUCUGGCGGCAGAACCGCCUUCGACUUCGUCGAACCCAACAGCGAGAUUUCAGACUAUCUACACGACGCCGGCUACACCAUUGGCAAUGCUGGUGUCACCGAUGACUUUUACAGCUCAGGGUUUUCGCAAGAUCGCUUCGAGCAAGAAAUGCAGGAGAACGACAUGAAGCGACGGAUGGCGAUGGAGAGUGCCUUCAACUUGGAGGUCGAUCUCGGAAAUCUGGGUCUAGACGAGCAGCCCGAAUCGCCUGGAGAAUUGGAGGAAGAGAGCCAAGAUUUCGUCUGGGACCGGUGCCUCAAUGACCAGAUGUUCGUCUUCCAGGAGAACGAGCUCGAUCGCAUUCUGGAUAUCAUCAUCACCAACAUGACCCCGCAGCGCUCUCCGUCGCAGAAACCUAUUCCGGCCAACAUCCUGUUCCUCAGCGCUCGUUAUGCACACUACCAUUCAGGCACAGAGCUGCUGGAAAUAUUGCUCUCCUCGGCCAUGGAGAAGAUCAAUGUCAUCGUCGAAAAACACCAAUGGGACAUGACGGUGCUCGCCUUCUGGAUAUCGAAUGCGACGCUGCUUCUACACUACCUCAAAAAAGAUUCCGGCCUAGCGACAGCUACCGGGGAGUUCCAGCUCCAACUGUCCGAGCUCAUCAACGAAAUAUUCAUUCUCAUUAUAAGAGAUGCGGAACGGAGAAUGGACAAGGUUUUGGACCAGGCCAUGCUCGACCAUGAACCGAUGCCUGGCUUCGAGGACAUACAAUUUCAAAACGAAUGGAAAAUCUUCAAGACCAAGCAAAAGGCAAAGCCUCUGGAGCCUUUCGAAAAACGCUUUCGUCCCCCUUCUCCCAAGCAGCGGAUGAAGCCGUCCGCGCGAAACAUCACCUCACUUCUCUCGUCAACCCUGUUCGUAUUAGAUCUUUAUGAUAUCCAUUCGGUCAUCACUGCGCAGAUUCUAUCUCAGCUCAUCUACUGGCUUUCUGCAGAGCUCUUCAAUCGCAUCAUGUCGAAUCGCAAGUAUCUUGCUCGCACCAAGGCAAUGCAGAUCCGCAUGAACGUUUCCACAAUCGAGGAAUGGAUCCGCUCAAAUAACCGACAACCUGAGCAUUAUGAGAAUGGCUCGAUGACAUCGACUGGGGAGACGACAGCCGAGUCUGCAAAGCGCCAUCUUGAGCCGCUCAUACAGUUACUCCAAUGGCUGCAGUGUUUCUCCUCUAUUGGUGACGACCUAGAGGACCUGAAGAGCACAAUAGAUCAGUUGACUAGGCUGUCGCCGCAGCAGCUGCUCCAUGCUGCCAAGUAUUACCGAGCCGAAGUGGGUGAGAAAGGCAUCACUAAGAGUGCGCGGAACCAUAUCAACGGGCUACAAAAAGCUGCAGCAGAGCGGAGGGCUGCCCGUGGCAGGUCUCCGAAUCCUCCUCAAAGAGCACCGGUUUCCACGCCGUCCACACCCAUCAAGGCGACAAUGCAACCUAUCCCGGCGCCUUCUCCAGCGCCUUCCAGAGUAUCCGAAGACGACCAGGAGCGUGAUGCACCCGACGAGCUACUGUUUGAUCCGUCGUACAUGUUGCCCUUCCAUUUACCGACAUCGACUGACAUGCUCAUUACGUAUGGGGCCGGCUUCGGCGGCGUGAACAAGGAGCGCGAAAGGAAAUAUAUACCUACGGUGCCACCAGAGUUCUUGACCAAGCUUGACUUAAGUGGAGGCAGUAAGAACGGGACGAGCUUGUACGAUGAAACAAAAUGGGAGAACCAGGGCUACCGGUGAAAUCGCAAAGCUAUCGUCCACUGUCAUCGACUGCCCUGCUGACAGCGGAUGCCCAGGGUGCUGAUGCACACGGCAUACGAGCACCACAUACGCCGCGUCGUCCGUCGCUGUCUGAGCGAGCGAUCGUGUGCAAGCCCAAAGAGACGCCACUCGACACGGUCUAUAGUGUUGCGGAUUUGAACGCUGAAGACGUUUCGGGGUGCACAAUUCGCAUGGUUCCAGGGCGACACUGUGCUCUAGAAAAACGCGCCGAUGGGACAUGGUGGGAUGGAUCGGCCUAGCAUUGUGAAGAGCGAGCGGAAAGCAUCAACAUAGCGCGGCGCAUGGUUUGUUUCUCAUAUCAUCCUUUUCUUUCGAAAAGCUGCAUUGGGUGCUGAUGGCACAAAGGUUCCGGCAUAGUGCAUACCUAGAUUUCUAUUCAUCCCCUUGUAAGACACGAACAUUGUCCCGCAG